AUGGCAGAAGGUCUUAUUCAACAAUCUAAAAACAAGCAUAUGGAAGACUUAGGUAGUGAGUAUUUUCGUGAUUUACUGUCGAGGUCAAUAUUUCAACGGUCAAGUAUCAAUGGUUCAAAAUUUAUAAUGCAUGACCUUGUCAAUGAUUUGGCUCAAUGGAUAUCUAGAGAAACAAGUUUUAGAUUGGAGGAUGAAUGCAGUCUCAUGUCAAUAAAAAGAUUUGAUAGAAUUCGACAUUCUUCUUACACAUUUAGACGUUAUGAAGUAAAAAAGAAUUUUGAAGCUCUCUAUAAAGUUGAGUCCUUGAGGACGUUGCUGAGAAUAUUCUUGCCAUUAUGGUACGAAACAACUUACGUUACUAAGACGGUUUUUUUGGAUUUAUUGCCAAAGCUCAAAAAACUGAGAGCACUAUCUUUAACAUACUACCAUGUGAUGGAACUACCCAACUCAAUUGGAGAUCUAAGACAUCUAAGGUACAUUAACCUUUCUGAAACUGGGAUAAAAUGUUUAUCUGAGUCAACAUGUUUACUGUUCAAUUUACAAAGUUUGAUGUUGAGAAAUUGUUGCUGUCUUGAGAAGUUGCCUUCACACGUGGGAAAUUUGAUCAAUCUAUGCCAUUUUGAUAUUAGAGGGUCAAUAUUAAUAAGGGAGAUACCAUUGGGAGUGAAAAACUUAAAAUGUUUGAAGACACUGUCAAAUUUUAUUGUUGGUAAAGGUACUGGAUCUAGCUUGAAGGAUUUGAAAAGCUUAAAGUUUCUUUGCGGAGAGCUCUGCAUUUCACGUUUAGAGAAUGCAGUGGAUUGUCAAGACACAACAGAGAUGAGAUUGUGCGAGAAGGACUUAGAAGUGUUGGCACUAGAAUGGAGUUCAUCUAAUCCCUCGCAAGAUGAAGCAGUGAAAAUUGUUCUUGACAUUUUACAACCUCAUGAAAAUCUUAAAAAUCUCACAAUAAGAAAUUAUGGAGGCCAAAAACUUUCAUCUUGGAUAGGAGAUCCAUCAUUCUCCACCAUGGUGGAUUUGGAAUUGGAUGGAUGUGAUAACUGCACAACCUUGCCUUCGCUAGCACUGAUGGCUCACUUCGGAACCUGA